AAGUUAUCAUUAGUCAGACAUUGUCUAUUUCUUGCAGAUAGCUGCACUCACAUCAAGUCAAUUGGUCAGCCUGUGACUCACAACAAUAGGAACUAUCAGUACGGAGCAUGGAUGAAAGAUCCGCUAGGAAUCAUGGGUACUGAGACCAUAUUCGUUAUGGAGAACUACUACAGUAGCAACGUGCUUGAAGAGUUUGAAAACAUGGACACGUUCAAAGCAGGCAUCCCUCGUAAGAAGUACACACUGCCUUAUAACUGGGACGGGACAGGAGGAGUAGUGUAUGGACCUUACCUUUACUACAACAGGUAUAAACGUUAUAUUUAAAUAACAUAAAUAAUGAUUUGGAGGUAGCACAUCCACAAAGUGGUUCUUCGUCUACCUGAUUCCUGGUCUAACUGGAAUUUGGAAGUGCUGGUUUUUAAGGAGAGGGGAAAACCGGAGUACCCAGAAAAAACCUCUCGGAGCAAAGGAGAGAACCAACAACCUCCUCAACCCUCCUCAACGGGAUUUAAACCGGGGCCACAUUGGUGGAAGGCGAGUGCUCUCACCACUGCGCCGUCCCUUGCUCCUUGUUAUAAUAUUCUUUUAAUCUGAUCGAGUAUCGCCAACGGGAAAACAAGGGUUUAAAAGAUAAUCAUCACUAAAAGGUCGCAUAUAUAAAAAAAAUAAUCAAAGGUGUCGUUUCAUAUCUGCGUAGACCAUUUUUUAAAAAACUUAAUUCUGGGGCGCUGAUAAUAAAAAUUAGGUGAUAUACCAGUUUACUGACGUAGUAUUUCCUAGUAUAAGGGAAAUCAAGAUCAUGACCUCGUCUCUUUUAACAUAGGGCUUCCUCGAUUGCAACUCAUGAUGUCUACGCAUGCACAGCUAUCAGGGACGGCGGAGCUGUAUUCGUAUUGGGGCCGGGAGCGGGCGCUAACAAGCAAGCGCCAGAGUCGCUAACUUGUAGGGGUUCUGGGGUAAUUCUCCGCCAGAAAAGUUUGAAAUCUUGAAGCUCGGAAAUGCUGCUUUUAGCAUUCUUGACGAGAUAUCAAAGAAAUAAACGUGGAUCAACCGUAAAAUGACAGAUGUUUUACUUUUUAUUUGUUACUUGAUACAUAUAUGACUUAAUACAUAUAUCCCAGCCUUACGUAUAUUCCGGCCUUAGUGCGUACACUAAAUUGUUUUAUUAUAAACGCUCGACGUGUGUAGCAAGAGGGAGAAUGUUCAAAAUCAGUGGUGUAAAAUCACUUGUGUUACAUUAAGAUGCUAAUCUUGACAGCAUAUGACAAAUUUCAAGUAUAAAACAAAGUGCAAAGUUUUGACAAGUAGGAUUUUGACAAAUACGAUUUUCCUAACUCGUCCCUAAUCGUCUAUCGUUUUUAUUCACAAGCUGAAUAGUGAGUAUACUAAGGGAAAAGAACUGAGUUGAUAGGCUGAAGUAAAUUUCCUGGAACAAUGCAUCUACCGUUACAGCAAGGGAAAACAACAAGUUAAACAGCUGAGGUCAGCAGUAGUAAAUUUGCCGACAUUCCUUUCAUGAUUUUCGUUCAGGGAUACAAAUGAAUUUGCCACAGAAACUAAACAAAGCUUAUCAAAUCUAUCUUUAUGAGUGUUCAAAAUCGCGAGAUGGUUGAAACGUGCUUGCAACAUUCUCGAUCGAAGCCACGUCUUGAUUCGUCUGGCUGUUGAGAAGGACCUUGCACUUGUCGCAGGAUUGACGUAAAUCAAAAUGUAAACAACAAUGAUGUGGUCGAUCAACUGUCGCUUGAUUGUUGGCUGCAGAUCUUGGACCUCCCUCAAAACGUCCUAAAAGAAGCGUAGAGGAACUCACCGCAUGAGCACUUAAAUCUUACUUAAAUCUGUUUGUCUUAAUGCUUUGCUCAUUUUGUUUUGUUUUUCCAUCUGUUAGUUUUCUUUCUCUAUGUUUUAUGGGUUUUUAAAUUAUUUGUAAUUUUUUAUUUAUUUUAAAUUUUUAUUAUUUGCUUAAAAUUGGGAGGGCUAAAGCCCCUCCAGCUCUCCCGGCUCCGCCGUCCCUGGCUAUAUAAAUGGUAAAAACAUUCUCCACUGAUACUAACAAAUGGUGGUGUUUUUGUGGUGUUAUGGCAGAGGGGCUACGAACAUUAUCGUAAAGUACAAUUUGCGUACUGAACGUGUGGAAAAGCAGAUAACCUUGUCGGGUUCAGCGAGGAACACCCAUUACCAGUGGGGUGGUUACAGUCAAGUUGAUCUGGCAGUUGACGAACAAGGACUGUGGGCCUUAUGGGGCUACAGUGCAAACAGCAACAAACUAAGAGCGCAAAUGAUAGAUGUAUUCUACGGUAAUACACACCAAGCUUGGAACUUAAAUACAGGUACAACCAAUUUUAUCAUUACAGAGCUCCUUGAACUUAAUACAAAAUAUCAUUCUUAACCAUCGCUUGGAACUUUAAUUCAGGUACUCGGCUUACGCCUUAUUAGAGCUCCUUAAGCUAAAUACAAAAUUUCAUGAAAUGUAAAAGGGUUUCUGGAACUCGUUAGAUUCACCAUAAGUAAACUAAACCAUUGCUAUAACCUGUCAUUUAGCAAACGGUUGCCAUCACCCUUUCCUCCGUCAAAUGCGCAUCCUUUGUUUUAAAUUGAAUAUCAUAUAAUUUCGCAAACUUCGCAAUUUCGUUACUUAGUCGAAUGAGUUUUUAUACUAUAAGUGGGCAUAUGCGUGUUUUAUUAUCUUACUCCUAGUUUCCAUUUAAUGUUAUUUUGCAGAAGUUAUGAGCUCAAUGGGAAAUGCAUUUGUGGCCUGUGGAGUGGUCUAUUGUAUAGACACCCAUAGCUCAAGGUUCACAACCAUCAACUUUGCUUAUGACACCAAGACAGGAAAACAAUGGAACCCCAACAUUCAGUUCACCAAUCAGUACAACUACAACUCCAUGGUGGCCUACAACCCCAGAGAAAAAGUGCUCUACGCCUGGGAUAACAGGCGUUUGGUCACUUAUCCCAUCUCGUUUGAGGAACGUUAG